UAAAGGCCGUGUCAGAAUUGUUACGCUUGGCUUGAUGCUUGACUUUUCAAAUAGAAUUUGACCUUUUCAGGAGUCGUGAGUUUUUCACAGUAAACUCUUCUCUAUCGUAGCUUUCUAUCAGUAUGGUAAGCAUGAUAUGAGGUACAUCCAAAGAAGACCUGUAUGUGGAGCAACCAAUGUUUAGAAAAAGGUGAGCUGGAAAAACAUCAAGUUACCCAUAGUGGAAGUCAUUGGAUGAAUUUGUGUGCGAUGUUGGUAAUCAAAUACAGGGUCUGACAUCUAAGAAAAACCAUGUUGUGUUGGUAACACCUUCCAAUUAGUUUAAACCGACAUCACUGUGUCCUCACCGUGUCCUCACUGGAGCAGGAGCAAUAGUUUGUGACAGUUGCAGACAUUUUUAAAGCAUAUUUUGACUGACCAUUACGAACCCACAGUAAAGGAGAAAACAUCUAUUUAUGGUGUUUUUGGAGAAGAAGAAACUGUUUUAAGUGGCCAUAUUCAUGAGUGUGUCCUUUGACAUAUUUUGGCAACAAACUACUCUACAUCAUGCGACUAAUUCUGGACUUGUGAAAUAUUUCUUCUAGUAAAAUGACUGCAAGAUUUAUUUUAAAAUUACUUAUCUUUUUAAAUUUGUAAACAAUCUUGCUAGUAAACGUUAAAAUUGUCUAUUUACCAAUAUGAAUUCUGAAAGUAACCAAACUGAUUUGGUCUGUGAUGUGAACGACCAAGGAGUCCACACUGACACAAAACCAUUUCUUUGUGAUAUUUGGGUAAAUGCUUUCUCACAAGAUCCUCAACUGACCAACAAUCAACCAGUCCACACUGGAGAGAAACCAUUUAUUAGUGACUUAUGUGGAAAAGCCUUUCCACAAAAACUCCUCCUGGCCAAGCACCUGCGUGUCCACACAGGAGAGAAACCAUUUGUUUGUGACAUUUGUGGAAAGGCCUAUGCACAAAAACCGGGCUUAACUGUCCACAACCGUAUUCACACUGGAGAGAAACCAUUUCCUUGUGAAACAUGUGGAAAAUCCUUCAGACAAAAACCCCACCUGACCAAUCAUGAGCGAGUUCACACUGGAGAGAAACCUUUUACUUGUGAUUUAUGUGGAAAAUCCUUCAGACGAAAAUUCCACCUGACCAAUCAUGAGCAAGUUCACACCGGAGAGAAACCUUUUACUUGUGACAUAUGUGGAGCUGCCUUCAGCAGUAAAAUAAAUGUAAAACUGCAUCAAGAGAUCCACACUGGAGAAAAACGAUUUGUUUGUGAAAUAUGUGGAAAAGCUUUUAGACAAAAACCCUGCCUGACAAUUCAUAUGCGUGUCCACACUGGAGACACACCAUUUCGUUGUGACAUUUGUGGAGUUUCUUUAACUUGCAAAAAGAGUUUAACUGGGCAUCAACGCAGUAUCCACGCUGGAGAGAAACCAUUUGCUUGUGACAUUUGUGGAAAACUUUUUUCUCAAAAGGUCAAUGUUACGUCUCACCAGAGAGUGCACACUGGAGAGAGACCAUUUUCAUGUGAUAUAUGUGGAAAAGCAUUUUCUCACAACAGCUCUCUGGAUCGUCACCAGAGAGUACACACUGGAGAGAAACCAUUUGUUUGUGACAUUUGCGGAAAAGCAUUUGCUUUUAAAAGCUGUUUAAAAAGUCAUGAAAGAGUACACACCCGAGAGAAACCGUUCAUUUGUGACAUUUGUGGAGAAUGCUUCACUUAUAAGUACGCUCUCUUUAACCAUCACCAAACUCACAUUGAGGAUAAAACUCACAUUGAGGAGAAACCAAUUGUUUGUGAUAUUUGUGGAAAAGUCUUGGAAUGUAAACAGACAUUUGACACACACGAAUGUGUCCACCCUGUAGGGGAGCCAUUUGUUUCUGACGUAUUUUCAGAAGAGCAGUUUAAGUAUUCACCAACUAUACCACAUUUAUAAGAAACCAUUUGAUUGAGAUAUUUUGUAUUUGGAAAAACUUUCUCACACAAAAUUCAGCGGGUCGACACUGGGGAGAAUUGGUCUCGAUGUGAUAUUUGUGGAUGCGAAAAAAACAUUUAAAGACAGUGGACACUAUUGGUAAUUGUCAAAGACCAGUCUUCUCACUUGGUGUAU